AUGCAGGCAAAAAAACGAUUCAUAUUAAUUUGGCUCAUUGUUUUAUUAUUUAUUUUGGUUAUGUGUUUACUAAAAAUGACAAAAAAACCAGAGACUUUGCUCCAUCUAACCUACAAUGUCAAUGAUGUGGAAAAUCUACCAUCUUUCAUGGAUGACUGGCAUCAAAGUUUAGAAGUUGGUCGUCCUCCUGCUGCGAAAACCUACGAAGCUAGACAACAAGUGCCAUAUCACAGCUCACAUAGAAAAACUAAUAAGAACUGCAGAAUGGAGACAUGUUUUGACUCUUCGCGAUGUGAAAACGAUUUUCGAGUGUUCGUGUAUCCAUUGUCUGAAUUAGAAACCAGUGGGUUAAUGACUUCGACACGUAGUGUUUUGUAUCAGAAAAUGUUGGAUAUUAUCGUGGAAUCUAGAUAUUACACAGAUGAAUACACCAAAGCUUGUGUAUUUGUGAUAGCUAUUGAUACUUUAGAUAGAGAUCCCUUGUCUCCAGACUACCUACGCAAUAUUCCCAUGAAAAUGCAGAGACUCAGACAUUGGAACGGUGGCCGAAAUCACGUAAUUUUUAAUCUAUAUUCUGGUUCUUGGCCAGAUUACAAUGAAGACGACCUUGGAUUUCAUACAGGAGAUGCUAUUUUAGCCAAAGCUAGUAUGUCAGUUACUAAUAUGAGACCGGGUUUUGAUAUUUCAUUUCCAUUAUUCCACAAAAAACACCCAGAGAGAGGCGGUGAACCCGGUUUUGUUCGCUCCAAUACAUAUCCUAUUACUAAAAACUAUAAACUGGCGUUCAAAGGUAAACGAUAUGUACUUGGCAGUGGGUCUGAGACUCGUAAUUCUAUUUUUCACUUACACAAUGGAAAAGACACAAUUGUAGUAACAACAUGUAAACACGGAAAAAACUGGAAAGAUGCUCAAGAUGAAAGAUGUGACGUUGAUAACACUUUAUACGAAAAAUAUGAUUAUGGAUCUCUACUUAAAAAUUCAACAUUUUGUCUAGUUCCUAGAGGCCGUCGAUUAGGAUCUUACAGAUUCUUAGAAGCUUUACAGGCCGGUUGUAUUCCUGUUUUGCUGUCCAAUAACUGGGCUCUACCUUUUGAUGAAGUGAUAGACUGGAAUAAAGCUGUAAUAUGGGCUGACGAAAGAUUGCUGUUUCAAGUACCAGAAGUGAUUCAUUCGAUAUCAGAAACAAAACUUUUUGCUUUGAGACAACAAACACAAAUUCUAUGGGAACAGUACUUUAACACAAUUGAGAAAAUUGUGUUUACUACGUUUGAGAUAAUUAAAGAGCGUUUACCUAAAUUGCAAUCUCGGGAUGGCAUAGUUUGGAACACAUCACCUGGAGCUCUUGUCUCACAACAUUCGUAUACGGAAUAUCUUAAUUUUAACUUACCAUUCAAUUAUCAUCUAUUCGGUAAACAACCCACUCCUAAUUUUACUGUGGUAAUAUUCUCACAACAUAACAGUCUAAACACACCACUGUAUCGGUUAGUUCGUAACAUAGCUGCAAGCAAAUACUUAACUCAAAUAAUUAUAAAUUCAUGUGCUGACAACAAUGGUAAAAGUGGAUACCAAAAAAUUGCUGGUAUACAAAUAUUAGUAUCAUCUGGAAAUGGCUGUAAGAGAUUUGAACCAUUACCAUUUAUUAAGACUGAAGCCAUAUUAUCAUUAGAUGAUGAUGUAGUUUUAACAACAGAUGAAAUUGAUUUUGCAUUUCAUGUCUGGCAAUCUUUUCCUGAUAGAAUAGUUGGAUUUCCGGCUAGAUCACAUUAUUGGGACAACAGCAAGGACUCUUGGUUAUAUACAUCAAAAUGGACAAAUGAAUAUUCAAUAAUACUCACUGGUGCCGCUUUCUACCAUCAAUACUAUAAUACACUAUAUACUCAAUGGUUAAGUCCUUUAUUAAUCAAAACGGUUGAACAAUCACAUAAUUGUGAAGAUAUACUCAUGAACUUUUUAGUCAGUCAUGUAACCCGUCGUCCACCAAUUAAAGUGUCACAAAGAAAACACUACAAAGAACAAGCUAACAAUGGCAUGCCAAAAUCACCUUGGAAUGAUCCAGAUCACUUUAUGCAAAGACAAACUUGUUUAAACACUUUUGUAGUACUUUUUGGUUACAUGCCAUUACUUCAGUCAAGUGUAAGAUUCGAUCCAAUUUUAUUCAAGGACCCUGUAUCAAAUUUUCGAAAAAAAUAUAAACAAAUUGAACUGGUAUCCAACUAG